GCCCGGAUAAACUUCCAAUGGAUACCUACUCCGUUCUGAAAUCGAUCGGGAAAGGAAGUUACGGAGAGGUAUUCUUGAUUUUUCACAAGGCAGACAACAAAAAGUAUAUUUUGAAGACAAUAGAACUAACAGAUGCGUCAGACAAAGAGAGGACAGCAGCAGAACAAGAGGCUAAGUUGCUGUCUUGUCUCAAGCACCCUAAUAUUGUCUCAUACCGUGAAUCAUUCCAGUAUGGUGAUGGCCUAUUACAUAUAGUGAUGGCAUACUGUGAAGGCGGAGAUCUUUACACACGCCUGAAGCAGCGUCGAGGAGAACUUUUGCCUGAACGACAGAUUUUAGAAUGGUGUGUACAAAUUGCUUUGGCACUGCAGUAUUUGCAUGAUCGGAAUAUUAUGCACAGGGACCUUAAGACACAAAACAUCUUUCUGUCCAAGUUUGAUAUGGUUAAGGUUGGGGAUUUAGGUAUUGCCAGGGUUUUGGAGAGUUCUUCUGACAUGGCGACGACACUCAUUGGUACUCCAUAUUACAUGUCGCCUGAGUUGUUCACCAAUCGUCCUUAUAAUUACAAGUCAGACAUCUGGGCUCUUGGUUGUGUGGUAUACGAGAUGGCCACCACUUUGAAGCACGCGUUUGAUGCCAGAGAUAUGAAUGGAUUGGUUUACAAGAUUAUCAGAGGAAAAAUUCCUCCCAUGCCAAGAAACUACAGUUCAGAUCUUUGUGACAUGAUCAAGUCAAUGUUAAGCCAGUCUCCAGCUCGCCGGCCUAGCAUUACUCGCUUGCUAAAAACCGAAUUUAUUAAGUCACACAUUCGCUUGUUUCUCAAGGAACGCAAACACCGGAAGGCAUCAUCAAAGUCAAGAACAGCAGCAAGUGAUUCAGAUGUCUCUUCACCAAGUAGAAAGAGUUUGUCGCAAUCGUCACAACAUGUUCGACUGGACCAAGAAGAGACUUGUGUUGCGAGUGCAAAACCGAAGGCUUUGGAUGCAUCCGAUGAGCGAGUGACAUCAUCAACAGAUAGCACUUCAUCCAGUGAACAGACGUUAUCAACUAUUAAGCGACCCCUGCCGCCUACACCAGCACACGUCAGUGAGGUGAAAGAAAAGUCACCUGCAGUUACACCGAGUGCGCAGUCACCAGAGACACAGCUGAAGUCUCAAUCUCGUGAGCAGAAGUCGACUCGGGCGUCUCCUAUAAGACAGAAGAAAGGCAUUCACAAACCAGUAGUGAAACGAGAUUCUUCGGAGUCUUCUCUACCCAAAGGGACGGCUUUAUCACAGAGUGGUGCUCAGUAUAACAAGGCUGCGAGGGCAAAGCGAAGAGAAAGAUCUCAAGCCAAGCUGCAAUUGCCAACUUUACAUUCCAAAUGUUUAGACAAGCCAGAUGGCAAACCUGGUGUGGGUGAAAGAGCAUGCAUGGAGGCUUCUCCGGAUGAAAACGAAGGGCUUGAUCAGACUUUUGUGGUUCACGAUGGCAUUGAUUUGUCAGGUCCAGGAGUGAAUGCCGACAUGCAGAUGCUUUGUACAGUAAUGGACUCGUAUUCUAUGGAACCAAGUGAGGAUGUUUGCCGUGAUGGCAGUCGUCACAGUGUGUUCUUGUCGGAUAAUGAAAGUGAUGAAGAUGAAGUCGUGUGCAAUGCCGAGUUGUCACUGACAGGUUCACCGUCUGGAAGGCUAUUCUAUCGAGUUCAAAGACUGAAGAGUGAUUGCUUGCGAAGCUUAGGUGAAGACAUCUUACAGCAGUGUAUGGCUGUUCUGGUGGAGAACGAUGCAGAUUCCGAUUCAUCAGAGGAAUCACUUAUGAAACUACUCGGGCCAGAAAAGUUUAGACAGUAUGGAGUAAAGCUAAGUGAAUUACACUUCUGUCAAGAUUCCUUGAACUGUAGCAUGUCAUAGCACAUUGUCAUCUUAUAUCAUGACAUUGUAAAGCAUGCCCCACGUAGACAGCAAUACUUUGUUAAUUUGUAAUUGCAGAUUUUUGUAAAGUGCUCUACUUACAUCGGUGACUUUGACGGACGUGAAUAGCCAAGCUAACUACAGAUGUAUAAAUUAUGUACUGUAUACAUGUAUAGUACAGUACAGUUAUGUUUAUACUAGAUGACAGAUAUGAAUAUCAAUCAUUGAUACAGUACAGUAUACAACGGACAAAUUUCUUGCUUAUUGUUGGCAAAUCUGGUACACUUAUUUCACGCACAAAAAGGAAAUUAAUAAAAUAAUAUCUUUCAAUUGUGUUACUAAUUGUAUGUGCUGGAUUCAUGUGACCACAUACUUUGACACCAUUGACAAAAGAAAA